AUGUCGGAGAUCCAGAAGAACCUCGUCGACAAGAACACCGAAUAUGCCGCUGCAUUUACCAAGGGUCAUCUUGCCCUGCCGCCUGCGAAGAAGUACGUUGUCCUGACCUGCAUGGAUGCCCGAAUCGACCCUGCCGCUGCCUAUGAUGCGUUACGCUCGAUCGUUAUCUCGCAGCAGCUUCUCGGCACAAACGAGAUCAUCCUCGUUAAGCAUACCGACUAUGGCAUGCUUACUUUCGACGACGAUAUAGCGACAGGCCUCGUGGAGAAGAAUCUCAGUGCGGAAGCCAAGGAGGCUUUGAGUGCUUUUGGAAACGACUUCAAGACAUUCCCACAGCUUGAGGAUGCUGUCAGGGAUGAUGUGAAGUUGUUGAAGGAGACGCCGUUGAUAAAUGACGAGGUGCCUAUUACUGGAUGGGUGUAUGAGGUUGAGACCGGAAAGGUUAGACAGGUUGUCUAG